AUGGACCCGUCACCGAGCUCCUCCCGCGAGCUUAAGGACACCCGCGCGACCAGUUCGACAAGCCUCAACAGUGCUGCCUCGGGCUCCUCAUCCACCAAUAAGCCGCCCACUCUAUCUCAACGAUCCCCUUCAGUCUCGAUAUCUGCCGGUUCUGGUCCAAGCUCCUUAUCCGCCCAUCGACAAAGCUUCGCGGAGAACUUACGCAACGCGCCCUCUUCUCCACGCUCUCAACGGCACCCUUCUUUCACACAGGCUGCUCUCCAAGAGCUGCUGAAUCAUCCUCCUGCUGGCAACAAACAUGCCAACCCAAAGUUCGCUGGCCGUGAUUGGCGUGAUGUAGCUAUUGGAGAACUCGUGUCUCCCGACGACAUAAAGUGGGUGGAGUUCGACAGUAGCGUCGAGGAAGCUACCAAGCUCCUCCUCAAGAGUCCUACCAAUGUCGUUCUAGUUCGCGAGGAUGCUUCCACCCACACCGCCGCCUCCACAUUCGAUUAUACUGAUUUGAAUGCAUACCUGCUUGUCGUUGUUGGUCUCGCGAAACCUGAGGAGGAUCAAGUUGAUAUGUUCAAUUCGAUCUUGGCCAAGGCUCAGGAAAAUGGACAGAUACCUUUACGAGAUGUGUUUCCCUUGUUCCGCAAGGAAUCGCUCAUAACAUUGCCCGGCGAUGAGCAGCUUGCGCAAGCUAUUGAAAUUCUCGGUAGCGGAAUCCAUCGGCUAUUGGUGACAGCCACGAGUGGUGAGGUGGUCGGCAUUGCAAGCCAACUUCGAAUUGUUGAAUUCUUUUGGAAUGAGGGCGUUAAUUUCCCUUCCAUCGAUCGGCUGUAUCCAGUUUUGCUCCGUGAUCUGGGCGUUGGUGCCAAAGAGAUUGUCUCUGUCAACUCUGACUCGCCGCUAUCCGAAGCUCUUACUCUUAUGAGCAAUGAAGGCCUUACAAGCGUUGCUGUUGUCGACAAUGGUAUGAACGUAGUGGGCAAUAUAUCGACCAAGGACGUCCGACACUUGACCAAGAGUUCCAACGGCCAUCUGCUCAACUCUUCAUGCAUGAACUUCAUUUCGGUGAUCCUUAAUGAGCGAGGAGUCGAGCAUGGACGCGACGUCUUUCCUGUGUUUUAUGUCAACCCUUACUCAACCCUUGCGCAUACUGUCGCUAAACUUGUUGCUACGCGAUCGCAUCGGAUGUGGGUAGUUGAAUCGGCGUCACCUUCGCCCUCUGCUCCUGCUACGCCUUUGAUGGGGCCUCAAUCAUUCACAGGUACAGCACCUCCGCCUCCAGCCGUGCCCGCAUCAGCACCCAUACAUGCUGCGCCUCCAUCACCUGUGCCAACUGCAGCGGUACCCGCAUCCCCAGUUCAUACUGCCGCUGUGCCUGCGUCUGCCAUGGCUGGAGCUCGUCUCUCGGGCAGACUCACCGGCGUCAUCUCGCUGACUGACGUUCUAAACGUGUUUGCAAAAUCUACUGGGUUACACCCAUCUGACCCUAACGAACAGCGAGCGCGACGUAGGCGAAGCUCAAGCAGCUCGGUACGGCCCAGCUUCGACUCCUCUCGAGCAAGCAUCGACUUCCGUCGAUAA